AUGUCGGCCCACACCGCGCUCCAGAAUUGGCUCACAGAACAUGGAGGCCACUUCCACCUGGACGCCCAUUUCUCGGAAGUUCCCUCAGGAGCCUUAGUAAUCGCCGCCCAAGACAUUGCUGCUGACGAAACGAUUGCGUCGUGUCCAUUCGACCUUGUCAUAACUCGCGAUCUGGCAUUGGACGCCCUCUCUGUGCUCUUGGGCUCCGAUUCACGUUUUUCAUUGGAGGAAUGGCCGACACGGCAGUUGUUGUCUUCGUACCUUGCCUUCCAUGCGAUUGUCGAAGAAAGAAGCAGCUUUCCAGUUCUCGCUCACCAUGUUUAUGUUGAUUCGCUUCCUGAUUGUUCUCAACUCCGAACACCACUUCAUUUCUCACCCUCUGAGUUGGAGGAUCUUCGAGGCUCAAACUUACAUGGCGCGACCAUAGAUCGUGAACGCGACUGGAGGCGAGAAUGGACGCAAUGUCGAGACACGCUUGUCCGAUUUAAAAGAGAAUGGUCAGAACAGUUUACCUGGGAACGAUAUCUGACCGCGGCUACGCAUAUUUCCUCACGCGCAUUUCCGUCAACACUGCUCUCUAGAGCACCCUCACUUUCUGCGCCGGACAGCGAACCAAUGCUCCUCCCUGGAAUCGAUGCAUUAAACCACGCUCGCGGCACGGCAGUAUCUUGGGUUUCGAAUUAUAUCGGCAAUGACGCGAUUCCUGGUCCUGGUUCAAGUAUUUCGCUUGUACUUCACGACAAAACUCCCGCUGGAGCUGAACUAUUCAAUAAUUAUGGUCCCAAGCCCAACGCAGAGCUCAUUCUUGGUUACGGCUUCUCGCUGCCAGAGAACCCUGAUGAUACGAUCGUUCUUAAGAUUGGUGGCUUAGCAGGAAAGUCGUGGGAAGUGGGUCGCCAUGCAAAAGGUGCUGAGGGUCUUUGGGAAAGCAUAUUGCAGUCAUUCUCCGAAGAGGACAAAUCUAUCACCUACGAGGAAUACCUCGACGCCUCUUCAAUGCUUUCGGAAAUGGUGAUUGGAUUGCUGGAUAAGCUUCCUGUUAUCUCUGCAGAAGGUAUUCGAGAGGAAGUAGCGCUCAUGAUUGAGCAUUACAUUCAAGGUCCGAGUCAGUUUUAUUGCCUUUUUGCAUCCGCUCAUGGGCUAGUAGGACAAAGAAAUAUAUUAGAAGAUUUAAUCGAGUUCGCAGCUUCUAAGGAAGCCAUCGGUAUCGCCAUGGCGGAGGAACAAGGCAUCAAAAUCGUCUUGGAGUAG